AGAGGGACCUUGUCGUAAAACGUUUUAUCAAUGUGUGACCUGGAUUCAGCCGCUCGGGCAACAGGUCACAUCAGGCCUUCAUAGCUUUGCCUGGGGAUGGCUCCCCUUCCUCAUACUCGUUAUUUGUCCUCUGCUAUUCUUUGCCUGGUUCUUUGAGACGCCGGCAGGUAUCUCACAAACAUAUUUCCGUUGGUUUAAUCUGUCUGGUUUAUCUACGUCGUGUUGUAUUUCGCACCUUUUCCAUCUUCUCAGUCCAAGUCUACAAUUUUUCCAUUGUCGUGUAUGCCUAUAUCCUUUAUCUACCCGACCGAAACGCUCUCGAUCGUUAUAUAUAUAUCUUCCUCUCGAGAUGGCGCUUCUCCCUGAAGGAUGGGAGGCAGACUAUGAUGGAACUCGGUGGUUUUAUCGGUACAAAGCGACGGGUUUGACACAAUACCAUUUUCCAAGAUCAGGCGACGAGUUCCCCGAAUUAGUAGGGCUUGGAUUCGGGCCACUCGACGGAAUUAAUCACGGCGAUGUCGCGACAAAACAGGGCGGAAAUGAAUCGGCGAAGGCGACAUCAAAUAACGAAAAAGACCUUAUGGGAGCCACGGGGUAUUUUGAUCCAGAUCAAUUUUUAUAUUUUGGCCUUAAUGAUAUAAGUCCUGUCGGUAACGAGAAUGACACGCCGAUCAGCAACGAGGCUGUAUUAGCUGAACUCCCCGAAUCGGAACGAAUACAGUCCCCCGUUGGCUUCGUUGCUGAGUUGGCGAGCGGCGAAACGGCGAAAUGCGCGGAGGAGUUGGCCCCAAUCGAAUUAGAUGCAACACAGAUGGCACCUACGGCUUUAAGAGUUACUACUAAGCAAGAUGGCCCGACGGAGCUGCCCACAAGUAGGAGUCCAAUAAAACGAAAAGAGCCAAUACAAAAUUCUGGCCCAGAGAGCAUGCAGCCGGUCGAAGAAUAUCCGCUAGUUUCAGCUUCAUUUGCAUAUCCUCCUUUGAAAACGGCUACCAAACCUGUCAAUAAUACUGUGCAAGGAACAAAUUCCCCCUCCGCGGAGCAAAAAGUACUUACUCCUCAACGACCUGUGGGAAGUCAGGCGGAUCAGAACAGAUACGAGACGUGGAAACCCGCACAAGGACGUGUUAACGGGGAGUCGAGCAAUCUAAAUAGACAGUCAAUGGCACUGUCUAGUAUAUCAGUCCUUCAGUCUCAGAAUAGCGAACUUGGAUCCAUGGAACAAAAGCGUCAUUCCUUGUCAGGACCUAUCAAGACAACCGUUGAUCUUCCUCAUAUCUUGAGGAAGCCAUUAGAUCCCAGAGGAACAAUGACUGUCUCUACGCCACCACCCCAAGCUAAGCCUUCACAAAUUCCAGCUGUGCUACAACCUGCAACAGCACCUGUAAAAGUGGAUUCGCCACAAAAUAAUUCGCAACAACACCAUGUACACAGCGAUACCCCUUCUUUACCAGGGUCGGGGGCAAGGCAUGAGAGCAUCUCUUUUGGCUCCGGACUAUCAAUCGUCGACUCCAAUUCAUAUCAGAUACCGUCGGUGCUCAGGCCUGCUCAAAGCGCUCUAGAUUUGGGAGGUCAACCAUCGGGACGAACUGCUGCGAAUAACAACAACGUAGGCCUUCACAGAGUUAAUACCUUACCGAAUCGGAUAUCUUCUCGUACAUCAUCUCUUCCUAAAAUUAACGGACCUGGAAUAUACGUUUUCCAGGAAAUUUCAGCGGCACCAGGACCUACAAUUGGACAAGUCCAAGGCAAGCCACAUAAUCCCAGUAACGAGGUCGCAUCCUCGCAGGAUCUUCACCAAAAUACAGAGCAAUUUUACUCUAUCCUGAAUGAGCCGCUGCCCGUAAUUGCGCCGCUGUCAGUGUCUAAACCACAAACGCCAACGAGUCCAAACAAAGUUUCGACAACUUCUAGUAUCUCUGAAGAUUCGAGGCCUCCCGAUAUCAACAAUGUCACACCCAGACCAUCGGCACAGGGUAAUUCCCAGAUUCAAGGAUCUCCGUCCGCUGCUGCAUCUCCUAGUGAAACCGGUGCCCAUCCAUCACAGGUAAAUUAUCCUGCUACAUCUCAAGGACAAACACCUAGUGCUUUAAGACCUCAACAGAAGCUUUUGCGGAAGCCUGUGCUUCCACAAAGGACCAACACAACCAGCACUGCAUUUGUAAAUCCGAUUGUUGGUUCAGCUACCAUUCAAGGAACUCCAUCAAUAGUAUCAACUGCAUCUAACUUACCAUCCCAGGCGCAACCUCACUCACCACCAUCUCAAACUACCCCCUCGGUUGGGCAGCAUACUUUGACCCAUAAUCAACGGCCGCAGUCAGUAUCGGGUUCGCCAUCACAACAUGUUACCCAGGUAUCACCUCAGUCACAAAACCAGCCUCCGUUAUCUAAUUCGCAAGCGCCGUUGGCCAUGUCCAUCCAGGUCUCUGGCCAAGCUAAUUUAUCAAUUUUAAAUCACUCUGUGACCGGACAAGCCGCUGUGGCUAACCAGCAGAGCGCAGUUCAAGGGCCAUCGUCGAGUCCUGGCUGGAUAACUCCAAACGCACAGCCGACAAUGCAGGCCUCUAGCCAAGUAUCGAACCAGAAUACACCGACAGGAAUAAAUACAGGGACAAAUAAACCUCAUAAUUCAUGGUCUCCUACUGUACAUCCUGUAUCUCCGCUUCAAAGUCAGGUGUCUUCGCCGAGCCCUUCAAUUGCCUCACUUCAUAGACCGCCGUCUUCGGCAUCAUCAUCCCAGGCUCAAUCGACCACGCAUGGAGUGAUAACUCAAAACCGCCCACCAACUAACGCUGCUUACCAAAAUUCACCUCAUGCUCCUAGGCCAACAGGGCCACAAGUAUUCCAUUCCCAGGGACAUUUACAAGGAGCCCAAUCGCCCCAGUCCCCUGGAAAUGGGGCAUCGAAACCUUUUCCCAUGCUUCCAGGGCAGGUAAAGCCGAUGCCUUCCCAAGUCGGAUCACCUUCUAUUGCUGCUGCUGCACAACAAGUUCAGGCUGCUCCGGUCCAUGCCCAGCACUCACAGAGUCAGGUAGCUCCAAUGAAACCUACCCAACAACAGGUAAUUCAACAAGCGCCACAAGUACAUAGACCGCCCCAACAACAGCAACAGCAACAGCAGCAACAGCAACAGCAGCAACAGCAACAGCAGCAACAGCAACAGCAUACACAAGGACAUAAUGUAUCAGUCGCAGGACCACAAUAUAUACCCGUUCAUUCUCCACAAAACACACAAAAUCAAGGGUCAUAUACACAUCAAGGGGUAGGCCAAGUUAUUCAAUCACCGACCGGACAACAAACGACCGCUUUCACGCAAGGAACCCAUAUUCAACAGCAGGUCUCUCAAGCAGUUCAAUAUCCAAAUGCGGCAAAUAUACCAGUCGCGCAGUCGUUCCAAAGUGGUCAACCAACAACUCAGAUUCAGGGGCAGCAGCAGCAGCAGCAACCCGUCCAAACAACAGGGUAUCAAUCCAACUCACCUCAAACAUAUGGACAGGGCAAACCUUUCAACUCAGCUCAGGCAACUGCAGUCAUUUCUGACGCGAGCAAGAAAAUGAAGAAAUGGGCUAAGAAGACCUGGCAGAAUCCAGCCUUCAAGCAAGCGACAGUGGCUGUUGGUGGUGCGGUUUUUGCUGAAUCAUUAGGUGGAAACGGGGUUGCAGGCGCUGCUUUAGCAAACCAGAUGUAUGCCAGUUCCCAGAAUAAACCGCAGAGCAACCAGUCGCAACGUCCACCGGGCCCGCAACAUGCGAAUACCGCUCCACCGCAAGCACAAAAUUUAGCAGGAGUGAAUGCUACGACUCAAUAUGGCCAGGUAGUUAACCGGCCUCCAUUACAACAGGGCAUGCAACCUUCCAACUUCCAAGUACCAGGUCGGCCGCCUAUGGCGCAAAACCCAGGAGUAAUGGGACCAGCGGCGAAUAAUAAUCCCCAACAACCGCAAGCAGGUAUGAUGAAUCAACAACCCGCUUACCAGAUGUCACGACCUCCGGUUGGAAGACCACCUGUCACCCAGGCACAACAGCCUACUACUUUCAGUCAACCGUUUUACCAAGGAGCCCCUGGCCAGCCGAUGUCCCAAGCGCCUCCCGGCCAACCCCUUUACCAAAUGCGUCCGGUUCAGCAAGUAUAUCCAGCACGCCCUGACCAGCAACCUCAACAAGCACAGGGGGGCACUGAUACCUACGCGGCUAUAGGCGCCACGCUCGGCGGUGCAUUGAGUGCCUUUGCCAGUGGGAAACCUAAUUCAGGGGGUUCCGCCGGUCCUCAGCAGCAUACGGCUAGCAAUGAGCCUCAGCACGAGUCCCACUCUUCGCAACAUCAUGAGUCUUAUUCCGAGCCACAUCACGAAACUCAUUCGGAGGCACAACACGGAGGUCAAUCUGGAGAGCAUCAUACGGAACACGCUACACACCAAGAAUCCUACGUCGACCAACAGAACACCACAUAUUCAGAAUCUCAAACCACUAAUUCUCAGGUGGUGACGGACAACUCGACCUCAGAGACAUAUUUCGCGCCCCAGUCCGACACAACCAUAAUUAACAACACGACGAUUAAUAACGUAGACAACACCGCGAUCGCGCAAUCCCAGCAGAUGAAUAAUACAAGCUACACGGAUAACACGAAUAUAACGGAUACGAAUAAUAUGACUAUGGAAACUAAUAAUUACACGGAUACCUCGUACAUGCUCGAUACUUCGAGCGCGAACGCCCAGGCCACCACAUUCACGGACUCGACAUAUACCGAUACGACAUAUGUCGAUACCACUAAUAUGACCACCGACACGACCUCGUUCACAGGUGCAACGUACAUGGAUGCUUCGUACGCCGGCGCGUCGUAUACUGAUGCUGGAUACGUCGACACCACGACCAUGGUCGAUGUUAACGUCGAUAUGAACGUCAACGUGGAUAUGAGCGCGAGUGUCAACGAUACGAUGUAUAUGGGCGACCAGACGGCGAUGAUGGGGAUGCAGGAGAGUGUGAGUUUCGACGCGAGUUAUACGGAGGUUAGCACGAUGGAUUAUUCGGGCGGCGAUUGGGGCGGGGGCGGGGAGUGGUGAUAGGGGUAUAGGGUGAUUUUUCCGGUUUCUGUGGGUUUUUCAUAGUAUUUAUUAAGCGCUAUACCAGUACGAUAG